UUCCGAGGCACUUCACUCCCUGCCCUGCUCAUGACAAGAAUGCUUGGGAACGCUCAGCCAGCCAUAUCCCUCCCCUGUCGGAACACCCUGUUCUUAAUGCUCCUCGAGAAGCAGCGUUUCUGAGGCUUUUCCCCACUGCCGCAACUCCCCCAUUAAGCCAGUGGUCUGGUGGCAACGAAGGCCCAAUGGCUGAGAGAACGCCGAGAAAAGAUGGUAAUCUGGGGAACUUGAUCAUGAUUCUGGAAGGAAGUGGUGUAAUGAAUCUCAACCCCAGCAACAACCUCCUUCACCAGCAGCCAGCCUGGACAGACAGCUAUCCCACGUGCAAUGUUUCCAACGGGUUUUUUGGAGGCCAGUGGCAUGAAAUCCAUCCUCAGUAUUGGACCAAGUACCAGGUGUGGGAAUGGCUCCAGCACCUUCUGGACACCAACCAGCUGGAUGCCAGCUGCAUCCCUUUCCAGGAGUUUGACAUCAAUGGCGAGCACCUCUGCAACAUGAGUUUGCAGGAGUUCACCAGGGCAGCGGGGACAGCAGGGCAGCUCCUUUACAGCAACUUGCAGCAUCUCAAGUGGAACGGCCAGUGCAGCAGUGACCUGUUCCAGUCCACACACAAUGUCAUUGUCAAGACAGAACACACUGACCCUUCCGUCAUGAACACCUGGAAAGAAGAAAACUAUUUAUAUGACACCAACUAUGGUAGCACAGUAGAUUUGUUGGACAGCAAAACUUUCUGUCGGGCCCAGAUCUCCAUGACAACCACCAGUCACCUUCCUGUUGCAGAGUCACCUGAUAUGAAGAAGGAGCAAGAUCACCCUGCCAAGUCCCACACCAAAAAGCACAAUCCACGAGGGACUCACCUAUGGGAAUUCAUCCGCGACAUCCUCCUGAACCCAGACAAGAAUCCAGGGUUAAUCAAGUGGGAAGACCGGUCUGAGGGCAUCUUCAGGUUCUUGAAAUCGGAGGCGGUAGCUCAGCUAUGGGGGAAAAAGAAAAACAACAGCAGCAUGACCUACGAAAAGCUCAGCCGAGCAAUGAGAUAUUACUACAAAAGAGAAAUUCUGGAACGUGUGGAUGGACGAAGACUGGUCUAUAAAUUUGGGAAGAAUGCGCGUGGAUGGAGAGAAAAUGAAAACUGAAGGUGCUGACACUUGGAACACAAACCCAAACAUACCCCAAAUCACAACAACCCGAAAACUCCUGGACAUAAAUAUUUCAAAGACUACUUUUCUCUGAUAUUUAUGUACCACGAUGAGGGGGUGGAAAAAAUCUACUUCUAAUGGGAAGAAGGAACACUACAGUUGAUACAAUUAUUUUGUUACUUUCAAGUAUGUCCUAUAUAGGGAACAAACGUACACAGUUUUCUGUGAUCUAUGAUGCUGUAUGUGAUUGUGAUUUGUGUUUGCCUCUAUUGUGAAGUUCUUUUCCCCUGCAAGAAGAACAGGGUUUGUUGCAUUGUGCUUCUUGCUAAGAGAAAGAAGAAAAAAAAAAUCAGAGGGCAUUAAAUGUUUUUAUAUGUAAAAUGAUUUAGGAAAAGGUGAUGUGUCCUUCGCACAUAAGCAUCAACAUGGCCUCAUCAGAAGAGGUGGGCAGGGCUGCUAGGAUGAACUCCAGGGUCUCAGAUGGACGGGACAAACCAAAGGAUGCUGGGAAGUUUAACCUGACCUUUAGGAGCCAUUGAAUGGAGAAUAAGGACUUCCAAAAGUCAGAUGACUUGCAAUGUUUAAAUCAGAAGAAUAAUAGUGGGGGCUUUAUACUCAUUGAGGAAUGAAUUUCCUGAUGCAAAGACUAUCUUUCCUCCUCCUCCUUGGACGAUUGGUGGAAAAACUUCAAUUGCCACCUCUGCUCACUUUUAGUUAUUUAAGACAGAGUAUAGCCUUGGCUAUUUUUAUCCCAAUUGCUUAAAAAUAAAUGGGAAAAAGGAUGUGAUGAGUUUGCUCUUGUAUUCCUAUAGUCCACGGUUUCUCAAUUGGCACAGUUGACAUUUUGGGCUGAAUAAUUCUUUGUUGUGCAUUAUUUGGCUGUCCUGUGCUCUGUAGGAUGUUUGGCAUUAUCCAUGACCUGUACCCACUGAUGCCAGUAGCACUCCUGACCCCAAAGCCGUGACAACCAAAAAUGUCUUCAGACAUUUCUAAUUGUUUCCAGGGGGGCAAAAUUGCCCUUGAUUGAGAAACACUGAUUUAGCCAGUCAAGAUGAAGAUGGUGAUUAGUCUCAAAACAAAAGGACGUUUAAGAUCUUUUAGUCCCUAGAAAGAAGCAAAAGCAAGACUUCAAAGUCGGCUUAUUUUUAAUUUUUUUAAUAUUAGGGACAAUGGGUUUAAAUAUCUAGAGGGACUUCUUUUCAGAACCCCAGAUGAGAGCCAAAGUCAGAAAAAUUAAACAGGGCAACGUACAAGAACUACAAAGAAGACAUUUUCACUGGAAUUACAGAGUAAAAAUUAUAUUGCAGAAGGAAAUGCUGAGAGAAUGUAUGCGUGCGUGUGUGUGUGCAUGCGUGUGCAUGUGUUGCAUGAGAUGAUAGACAGAUAGACAGACAGACAGAUAGAUAGAUAGAUAGAUAGAUAGAUAGAUAGAUAGAUAGAUAAAGUUCCAGGGAAAAUCUUCUUUGCAGAUGUCAAUUCUUAUAACCUUUCCUCUUUUGGGUCAUUUCUUUCCUGUCUCAUAUGAACUCGUCCCAAAGUGAAUGGUAUAUUGCCUAGAUUUUCAACCAGAGACAUGUUUAAAAAAGAGACAGAAAAGAAAGGAAGGAUGUUAAAAACAGAAAAUGCAGCUCAGGUGCUAUGGUCAGUAAGGAGUUGGAGACUUUGGCAAUGACGGGGUGAUUUUGGGGUCCCUGGGGACUUAUCAUCAACUGGGCCCUGCAGCCUGGGAGGACUGUGAGCCUGUAAACACUUUGAAAUGGGUUUGGACAUCUAGAUUCCUUUGCAACUUUUCUUCUUGACUCCCUUGUCCUUGGCUUUCUCCUCCCGUCUGCCUCUCUUGAGCAUUCAUGUGGCGCUGAAGACACGUUCCAAUAAGAGGGAGUCCUUUUCAUCAACUAAUGGAGCACCCGCCACAGUGGGUCACCCAGCGGACGUGAGCAAUUCUUAGUCAAAGGGUGCAAAGUGCUUGUAAAAUAUUCAGAAGCCUGGAAAUAAGAAGAAUUAAGACUUUGUCCUAAUUAUAAUGAGAACCAUUAUGAAUGGUGACCUUGGGGCACCAGCUUAGAUGAAUGACCUUCUGAAGGUACAACCAAGUCUGUUUUUGUUUCUACCUGGCUUGGUCACCACCACAAAAGCAUUACUCAGUGUUGUCAAGUAACAGUUACUGAGGGGACUGAGAGAAAUAACAAGGAGCAGCAGCUGAGAUCCGAGACAUUCCUGCAUAAAACAAACACCUUGCUUUAGGCUUUCCCAGCAUGUGCCUAUACUUCCCACAGAAUGAAUUAAACCUCCAGAUAUUUGAUGUAAUGCUAGUGUGUCUGUGUGUGUCUGAACUGUGUCAUUUGGGACACCUGCUAGUUCUCUCACUGCUGUUCCUUCCCUUGCUUUGCCUGUUCAUCACCUAAGGUGGCUAGAUUUUUCUCCGAGCUUACCCUUCCCCAGCCCUGUAGGCUUCUCAUGUUUCCCUCAAUUGGCCUUGGCUUUUCCUGCACCCUCUCUGCUGGACAGUAAUCUUUGCAAAGUAGUGAGUGAGUCUGGGGAGUACCGACUGGGACAGUUCUGCAGAGAAUUAGCAGAUAGUGUGGUGUGUUGAAUGUGGCAGCUUCUUGGCAGCUGGCUCCUACUUAAACAAGCUGGAGUAUUAAGUUCUCAACAUAUCUCUCCAUUGUCUUUGCUUGAAUUUGAUGCGUUUUCUAUGUGCUGUUCGUGACUUGGAGAACUCAAAGUAAUCAAGCCACGCCAACUUGGGGUGUGAACAGAACACUUCCCACCACAGUGUUGAAAGGGAGAGCAAAAUCCCAGAGAUAAGCCAGCAUCAAGUGAAGCCCCUUUACUUUUGGGGGACACACGGCUUCACCCUUGAGAAGCUCAUCUGUGCUGGAUGCUUACAUGGUCCCUACACGUGCUCUCUCCAAGCCCUCCUUAAACUUGGGUGCUUAUUUGUAGUUUUCAUGGUUAACCUGAGGCAGGAAAUGUAUUGCUCAGACUUUAUCAGACUCAGAUCAUCUAAAACUCCUAGAUAUUUGACUUGAUGAAACUUGAGUAAGGCCCUGGAUCCCAGGGACACACCUACAGCUUCUUGUACUUGCUGUCUGAGCCGGGCAGACCCAAGUUAUGAGUUUUCCUUUGGACACUCUGGUCCUUCCUCAUAGAUUUUGCCUUGCUAGACUGUAAGCUCUUCGGGGGCAGGGACUAUAUCUUAUCAAUAUUUUUUCCCCCAGUACUUAACAUGAGAUAGGUGCUCAAUAAAUAUUUGUUGAGUGAAUGAAUGAAAACAUCCCCUGGAAGACUCCUCGGAUUUGGUGGCUAUCUCCAUCAUCGGAUGUGAAUCAUUUCUUCACCAGAAUAAGAGCACAGGGCCAUGAUGUCAAGGACAUAUUAUCUGUUAGAUGAACAUUUUACUGUGAGAUGCCUUACUUUGCCUUCCUACUUGUGCUGAAAUGAAACCAAAACAGGCUGUUUGCUUCUGCAAAUCAUGUAUUGGAUGAGAAUUCUGUUGCCUUGUUAGGAACUGUGAGAUUUAUCUGGUUUAAGAAACCAGUAAUGAACCUUUGACCUGUUUCAACCAAUGAAGAUUAUGAAUGUGUUUAUAUGAUAUAAAUUGCUAUUUAAGUGUAAAGGAGUUCUAAGUUUUAGUAUUUUGGGGUUGGUUUAUAUAUAUAUAUAUUUUUUUCUUUUUGAAAAAUAUGGAGGGGUCCUUUGAUAAGGUAAGUCAAGCAUGUUAGAUUUUAGUUUUGCAAGUGUGCUGUUUUUUUAAAUGUAUAAAAUAUAG